UAGAACAUCAGCAUCCAUCCAUCAGGUGACUUCAUCCAGCCAACCACCAUCUGCAGAUACGAAGCCAACAUGUCCCAGUACAUCACCGACCUCGGAGUGUCUCUCAGUCCGAAUGAUGAGAGUCAACUCCGUGCUCAAGGCUUCAGCAAAAUUAAUGUAGAUCUGAACAAAGGAGCCGGAGGAAAAAGUACCUACCUCUGGUACAAGAGAGGCGACUCUGGAGCCAUCACCAGGAUCCAGUUCUCCUUCACUGAUCAAAUGAACGAAGGCUUGAACAGGGCAGGGUACCAGAAGAUCGACAAAAACCUCAACGCUGGAGCAGGAGGGAACGACCUCUAUCUGUGGUUCUUCAAAGGUUCCUCAGAGUACCACGUUCCCAUCGUGAACCUGGACGUCUCUACUACCGAUGAAGCCCAGAAGUUUAAGUUCGGCUGGGAGAGACUGGCUUCCGAUCUGAACCGGAAGGCCAGAGGAUAUCAGAUCUUUGUGUGGGUGAAGAGAGAGAAGCCAACCUACAUCUGUGACGUCACCGCCACCUCCGACUUCCAGGGAGACGACGACUACUUCAACAACGGCUACAUCCGAGUGGGCGAAGACACCAACAGAGGAGCAGGAGGUGCCUACGUCUUCAUCUGGUACCGUGAGACCACCAAGCCUGAGGAGGCCAUCAGAGAUCUGCAGGUCUCCAUCAGUGACGAGGAGUAUGAGCGCUUCCAAGCCCAGCAGUAUACACCGGUGAACACGGAUCUGAACAAGGGCACCGGAGGAAACCCGGUGUUCCUGUGGUACAAGAAAGACGGCAGCAGCGGCGGCUCCAUCAAGGACGUCACUCUGGUCGUCACCAGAGAAGAUGUGCGUCCAUUUAAGGCUGUUGGUGUGGAGGUCAUCCCAAAAAGCCUCAACACAGGAAACUCCCGUGCACCUGAGCUGUUCCUGUGUUUCUACCGCUGAUGUCACCAUGGCAACAGAGCUGAGCAUGCUCACUGAGCAGAAACAAAAGAAUCCAAAAUGUAUUUCUCUUUAAUCUCUUUAAAUUUUCCUCCCGUGAUGAAACAGUGAAAUGUUUUAACUCCCCUGUUGUCCUCAUUUACAGGCACCAAAAACAAUUGUUUCCUUGUCUGAAAAAAAUCCAAAAUUCAGCAAAAAAAUUCCCCAAAUUUCUGAAAAUAUGCAAAACUUUUAGGAAUAAAAUUCCAAUAAUUCCUUAAAAAUUUCCCUUAAAAGUUUUUGUUUAAAAAAACAAAACAAAAAUCUUCCAAAAAAAUCCUAAAAAUAUCUAAAGUGAUUCCAUAUGUAUCAGUAAAACUUCUAAUAUUUUCUUGAAGAACAUUCACAUAAAAAUCAACCAAAAUCCAGUGAAAUUUGCUGGAUAUUGAUUGAUUUUUUUUCUGAAUGUUCUUAAGAAGUAUUUGUAACAUCUUUUUUUUUCCACCAAAAAAUGUUCAAAGAUUUCCCAAAAAUGUUGAAAAUGUGGACAUCAGAAGUUUUACUGUGAAAUUAGAUUUUUUUCCCCCACAUUUUCAAACUUUAAAACGGGUCAAUUUUGACCCACAGGACGACAUGAGGGUUAAAUCACUGUGAUCUUACAAGUUUUAUUCCCCAAACAUCUAUAAUCAGUCAACCUGUGUGCUCUUCAUGGAUUCUGUUUCACUUCAUUCUAACUUUCUUUGAUUCAAUAAAGUCUCAUCUGCAUCUCAAA